AUGCACUUCAAACUCUUGCCUGCGUAUGCAGAGCACGUGCGGUCUAUUCACACUUUCCUUUCGUUUAGAUGGCGCGACCGCUCCGCCCCUCUCCCCGACCCCUUUCUCAAGACGUACCCGGGCGGGCCGAACCCAAGGGUUCAUCCUGGGCUAGGGACCCGUGCGGAGCCACUUCCCUGCCAGUGCACGCCGGAGAGCUUGGCGGGGCUGAAGGGUCGAAGUGAGGUGGUGAUCGGCCUCAGCUUUCCGUACAAAUACUUCAACAGCAACCACUGGUUUCACAUCAGCGAGUACUAUGUCAGCCGGCACACUCAUGUGGCGCCGAAACUCCCACAAAACGCCACCGUCUACAUCGUGGCCCCCCACGAGCUGUUCGUGCCGAACCUCAUCCCGAUGACCUUCUUCCUUCUGCUCCUGGCCUUCACCGACGGCACGGCGAGGACCGCGGAGGUCUUGCCGCGGCGGGCGCUGGCCCAGCUGGCCAUCGCCGGGGAUGUGCUGGCGCUGGACAACAACGGCGUCGAGUCCUACGUCUACGACAGCUCUCUACCCGUGUUCCAAAGGACUCAACGGUAUCAGCCGGGGGAGCGCGAGGCCGCACGGCCAUCCCGGAAGUUGACGAAGUUGUCGGGCCAUUCCGGAGAAGACGAGGAGAGCACAAGAAAUGCGGCAGCAGCCUCGGCCGAGGUCGCAGCAGCCUUGGCCGAUGCAGCGGCCGCUGCCGGCGUUUCCGACCCCGCUAUCACCGCCAGAAGAGCGGGCCGCGGUGGCAAUGGCGGCGUUGCCCAGCGAUAUCGGCGGCGGCAGUUGCUGCACGGGCAGGCACCAGGAGGCUCGGGUGCCGCGGACACGAGCAACGCUACGAGCGGUAACCAUCUGCGGUUGCCCGAAAGAAACUACAACUGGGAGGACAACGGGCGACUUGCCUGGGCCCCGCUCGGAGACGGGGAAAACGGUGGCGAGGUGACGGGCGGGGAGGGAGGCUGGGGAAGGGAGGAGCCAGUGGGGCGAGAAGCGAAGGUUUAUGACGAUGGUGAUGCCAGUGUGGUUUUUGAUUUUGACGUCGGGGGCGACCACACCGGAGAGCCGCCUGUAGGGGGUGAGAUAGCCGCAAGAAGAGUCUUGGGCGUGGCGGAGUCCUUGGCGGCGGGGAUGGCGGCGGGCCAGCAGCUUGAUCAGGGGUCGACGGCCUACAGAGAUGCGGGCAGGACAGACGGCAGCGGCAGAGACCGCAGCAGUCUCAGGUAUAACCGCGGCCCCCCAGAGCUAGACAAUGCUGCCGCCACCUCGCGAAUAUUGACGGCGCGAUUAGACGACAGCCCGGCAGCACGAGCAGCAGAAGCAUCCACAACGGCGGCGGACCCGAACGCAAUCGAUCAAGCAGCAGGCGCAAGCGUAAGCCGACGUCGAAAAGCCGGGGCGCAACAACAUGGGCGUCGCGAUGAUGCCCGCCGCGCGGAGUACCAGUACGCUGCGAGGGCGGAGGCGGAGGAGGUGGAGGGGCCGGAGUUCUUCCCUCUCCCCACCCUGGCCGGGCAGCGGCAGCAGCCACGCACCAGGCCGUGCGCGUGCGCGCGAUAUAUCGGGGAAUUCGGGGCUGCGCCGGUGGAACGGGGCUACUGGUUCCGCGAGGAAAAGGUGGAGAAUACGAGAGCUAGGAUAGAUGCCCUCUGCGGCGACGUGUACCGCCGGCGCCAGGAGGAGCAGCACGCCGCGGAAAAAGAGGGUAGCGACGGGGGAGAGUCUAGCAGAAAGCGGCGACAACGGCUCGUGAUCUACCAGAGGAACCACGACCGUCGGCUCUUGUCCCUCGACGAUAACGUGGCCGUGUUCCAGCACCUUCUGGGGCCGACGUGGGAGGUGGUGCAGAUAGUGCAUGACAACGCGCACGAGCCGUGCUGGCUCUACUCGCAGCUGAUGGACGCCGAUAUGCUGCUGACUCCGCACGGGUUCCAGUCGAUGCUGCUGUUGUUCCUACCCCCCGGCGCCACCAUCCUCGAGGUUUUUCCGUACAAGUACUGGAAGGAGGGCUACGCGCCCCUCGCGAAGGAGUGGGGCGUGCGGCACGAGCACAUCAUGUCCCGCCCGGUGUCCUGGGAGAAGCGGCUGGCACUGUUCUUCGUGCCGCUGGAGCGGUGUAUGAAGAGCAUCCACUGCCGCAAAUGGAGCCGCAGCGCCGACGUGCGCCUGGAGGAGCACCACCUCCGACAGAUAGCCAAGGCCGCAAAGCAAGCCUCGAAACGGAAGCGAGAAUUUCUGUCGCCGCCUGCCCCGCCUGGCCAAUAGCGACAGGGGCGUCAACUGUAGUGGCGAGGGAGUGCGAGAUUACGGCGCGAGGGGGAGGGCGGCGGCUGCCUCUGCGACCAAAAGGCGUGUCCGCAGCGCGGGCGUCAUAGUUGCCGUAGGUGGCAGCGGCGACAGCGGUAGUUGUUGCGCAGGGGGUGGUGCCGCUGUGUAAAAAGGGGGGUAAGAGGCGAAGUACGAGCAGCUCAUUUUGAGCCUCCUUUGAGCCUCUUGGCGAUAAGGCAUCCGUCCGUCGAGACGGGGGCGUGGCUGCACUUUGGAGUGCUGUUGCUGCCCCCUUGGUGUAACAAUCUUCUCCGUCCUGCGUGCGCGGCCGUUCGUGGCCUAUCGAAAUUGAAAAAUCCUCGCACCAUUCACGGGGACGAGCACUAACGACAACAGCGGAGGCGGUAGAGGUCAUCAUAUGUUGGCGCGUUGAGCACGCCGCGGGCCAGGGAGGGAAGAGUAUCCACGGGGAGGUAGAGCAAGCGGGAGAAGGUGGCAGAUUAGCCGCGAAUUCCGCAGUCGUAUUGAUGUAUGUGAUGCCAAAGAGGUGUUGUCGUGUAUCGUGUGUGUCGUGUGCCGCUAGAAAAAGUGAGAGUAUAUUGAUGUUAUUGUGUUGUGUGGUGUGGCAUGGUGUCGUGCAGUUUCGGUUUGUUUGGUUUAGGUAUUCUGGCGAGUGUGUGAAUGGUGUGGUGUAGUGUGUGUGUUUCCAUAUUAGCUACUCCGUGCGUCUUUUGUACAGAACGUAUGCUACCGUUACUGUAGUAAAAAAAAAACUCUUAUUCUAAGCCAAUAUAGAGCUUCGUUUUUCGGGACAACACAUCGCGGUCGCGAGGGCUGGAAAACAAUACAAUGGGUAGGAAAAGCGUGUGGUGAAAGGGUUUACUAUUUAUUCUUGUGUCUGCUUGCCUUGUAUAGAUAAAAUGCGUUUUUUGGUUUGUUUUUAUGGACGCCUGGUGGCACUUUUUGUUUCGCAUUUAUUGGGAUUUUUUACGUUUUUACCCUCGGGGGUGCGGUCUCCACGCGUACAUGUCGAAGUUGCCGCGAGUAUUGUGCUCGCCGCGCUUGCUGUUUCGCCGGAAGUUUUGUAGGUGUAGACGAAAGAGAGAAGGAGAUGGGGCGUCCGUACUUCAUGACAGAGGCAGGAGGGGGUCAAGUCGUCAAUUUCGGUGUCGUCUGGUCCUUUUUCGGAUGUUGUGGUUUCGCCGGCCUCGACGUUGCGUGCACUCUCCUAUCCUUCAUUUGUGCAUUCACUCAAGCAGGUUAUGUACUCAUCACCCGGGCGCUUUUUUUCCGGUACGAAAGUUUCGAGCUCCUUGUCAUACCAACGCAAGCCAUAGACCUGUGUGCUUGUUCGUGUUUGUUGUUCUCGGUCUUUGCCCCACCCCAGUCCUACACGUCUUGUACGGGCUUGCAUUUUUGUGGUUCUGGUGGUGAAGGCGUUUCUAUUGAUGGCGCCCUUCUAUGUUUGUGUCUUGCGCCGUGCUUGCUGUGUUGUGCCCGUGUCAGAGUUUUAUCUCUCUUGUUGGUGCUUUCCGCCGUGUUAACUAAAAUACACACAUGGCAUCAAGAAAGCGUGAAACACCCGGUCGAGAUGGUACCCGU